AUGGAUCAAAGGGCACAGAUCAUUCGCGCGCCCUCUCGCCCUGCCAUCACGGGGAAGGUCGCCGUCUUCCUCGCUGGCACCACCACAGGCACGACGGCGGCGGCGGCAGCAGCAGGCGCGGACUGGCGCGAGACCGUCACGCUCGCCGUCUCGCAUCUGCCCGUCACCGUCCUCAACCCGCUCCGGCCGGACUGGGACGGCUCGUGGCGCGAGGACCCCUCGUUCGCGCCGUUCCGGGAGCAGAUCGAGUGGGAGCUAGACAUGCAAGAGCGCGCCGACCUGGUCGUCGUGUACCUCGGCCCGGGAACGGACGCGCCCGUGAGCUUGCUCGAGCUGGGGCUCUGCGCGCGCUCCGGCAAGGCGGUCGUCGUCGCGUGCUACCCGGGGUACAGGAAGCGGGGGAAUGUGCAGAUCGUGUGCCGGUGGUUCGGGUUGGAGUACGUCGAUGGGGAGGACGACCUGGCGGGCCGGGUCGUGAAGAGGAUUGAGAGGCUACUCGAGCUCGGAAAUUAG